AAAGUACACCAUCGCAUGGCAGGCGUAUAAAAGACAAGUGGGAAUUAAUUACACGUAUUAGUUGGAUUCCGCACUGGAAGGCUGAAGGAUCAUCAGCAGUAUUUCUCGCAAUCACCAUGGCUAAACUCGUUGUUCUAAUUGCUUUCGUUUGCGCAUUGCAAAUCGCCACCGCUCGACAUGUUCGCCGUGACGCUCCAGCCCCACCGACCUUCACUGAAUUAACUAAACAGGCUGAAGAGGUCCUUGGAACAUUGCACACCAAAUUCUUGGAACUCGUCGGUGUUAGGAAUGACGAAGAGUUGACAGCCACUGUCCAGAAUCAAGGAAGGAUUUACGCCCAAAAGAUUCAGGAGUAUGCCAAGCAGUUGGGCGAUGAGGCCAAGGUUAACGCAGGAAAGGCCGACGAGGUCUUCAAGUCUUUCCAAGAGAAACUUACAUCCACUGUUGCAGAUCUCAAGUCAAAGAAUCCUGAACUAUUCGCCGAUGCUGAAAAAUUGCAGCAAAAAUUCCAGGAGAACUUGAAGACCGUUCUCAAGGACACUGAAGAACUCAACGCUAAGCUCAAGGAAGAAGGCAAGGCGCUCUCAACUAAUGCCGAACAGGUUCUGAAGCAAAUCUAUGAUAGCACCGUUGAGGCUGCCAAGAAAGUUGUUCACGAAAUCGACACCGUUGCCAAAAAGAACUAAAUUCUGAUGUGUUAUUCAAUAGAUUAUAGAUUUGUAAGAUUAAGAAACAAAAAUAAAACA